GUGGUCUGAACGCCAGAAAAAAGCGAGUUCGAUAUACCGAUCCUUUCGGCUUCCGUACAUAACAAUGCGGGAUGAUAAUGCGGAAGACAGGUUUUCGGGGCGUGUCAGCUUGUAAAUAAUAAAGCUGAUGCUUCAAACAGAGAUCUUCCUGUGACGAAAAGACUCCUGAACACUGAGGACUAUCAGAAAAGUCUCUGUCAACACAAUGGCAUCACCAACCAUCACCCCUCUGUCCAAGGCCAACACCACCUUCUCUCUGGCUUUGCUCAAAAAGCUGGGAGAUAACGACAGCACUGCGAAUGUCUUCUACUCCCCUUUCAGCAUCUCCUCAGCCCUCGCUAUGGUGAUGCUGGGGGCCGGCGGCAACACACACACACAGAUGUCAGAGGUCCUCUGCUUCACUGAGGCAGAGAAGCCACAGCCUGCAGAAGCACAGAUGAUGCAAAUGCAAAUGCAGCAGAAGGUCCAGUCCAGAAUUCCAGCAUUUCUGCUGAAGGGGUGCCUGAAAACCAAGGACUGCCAGGAUGAAGUCCAUGUCAGCUUUGCCCAGCUGCUGAAGGAGCUCAACAAGGCUGACGCUCCGUAUGCCCUCAAUGUGGCCAACAGGCUGUACGGGGAGCAGUCCUACCAGUUUGUUGAGGAUUUCUUAGGGGAAACCAGGAAGCACUACAAUGCAGAGCUGGAGUCUGUGGACUUUAUAAGCAAGUCCGAGGCAGCCAGGGUCAACAUCAACAACUGGGUGGAAGAAAAGACACAAGGUAAAAUUAAGGACGUGCUGGCCGAGGGUGUGGUAGACAGCUCGACCAUGCUGGUGCUGGUCAACGCCAUCUACUUCAAAGGCCACUGGAACAAGCAGUUUAAGGAGAGUGCCACACGUGAGGCUCCGUUUAGAGUCAAAAAGAAUGACACCAAACCUGUGAAAAUGAUGUACCAGAAAACCAAGUUCCCUCUUACGUACAUCCCUGAAGCCAACUGCCAGAUCCUUGAGAUGCCUUACAAAGGAAAGGAGCUCAGCAUGCUCAUCUUUUUACCAAACGAGAUGGAAGACAGCUCAACAGGUCUGGAAAAGCUGGAGAAGGAGCUGUCCUAUGAGAACUUUGUAGAGUGGACUCGUCCUGACAUGAUGGACGAUAUUGAGGUCCAGGUGGGGCUACCUCGGUUCAAGAUGGAGGAGAGUUAUGAUUUGAAGAAUGUCCUGGUGAGCAUGGGCAUGGUGGACGCCUUCGACAUGGGAUCAUGUAACUUCUCUGGCAUGUCCCCUGCCAACAACCUGGUACUGUCCAAAGUCGUCCACAAGGCUUUCGUGGAGGUCAACGAGGAGGGAACUGAGGCUGCUGCUGCCACUGCUGCUAUCGUGAUGCUGCGUUGUGCCAUGCGUCCAGCCACCUUCAUCGCAGACCACCCCUUCCUCUUCUUCAUCCGACACAACCCCUCCAUGAGCAUUCUCUUUGCUGGCCGAUACUGCUCCCCCGAGUGAGCGCUGCAUCACUUAAAGCACUGUUUCUGGAGGGGGGUUACAAUACAGCUUCUUUUGCAACUGUGUACUAUUUCAUUUUAAUUUUACUGGAAGAAUGUUGAGUCACCUCUUGAGAGUUUUCCUAUCAUACCCUGAGCUCCCGUCCUAUAUUUUUAGCACCAGAAUAAUGUGUAAAAACGGUGGUGUUUUUUUUCUUCUUAUCUUCUUGUCUGCAUCAAGUCUUACACAAGCAAAUUAAUGAAUGUGUGUUUGUCCUGAACAUUAGGUUCUUGCACUGUUUAUCUUUUGCACCUGUCCAUAGGUUCUGGUUUACUUUAUGUCUGUAAUACAUGUAUGGCCCUUAUUGCUGCACCCUCACACCCUACCCUAGUUAAUCUAUACCAUUAAAGCCUAGUUUAUCUUAUCUUAAACCUCAAUUUGAAUAAUCACAAUUUCUAUCACGCCUCUUUUUUUCAGCUGCCAGCACAGACGUCAACUGUUCCUUUUAUAUCUAACGGGCAUGUGGCAGUUUUUCUAAACUUUAUCUACACAACAUGCAAUUUCAGCGUUUUAUAUAUUCAGUUAACCAAAGAGUUGGAUAAAUGUGUCCUUGGUGAUUACUGGAAUAGUUAUCAAGCAAAGUGCAAUUAUUUGAGUUCUACCAUUAUACUUAAAAGGAAUAUAGACUAUAAAGAACAAAUGCUUACAUGAAGGUUUGAACUGGCAUUGCGUCCAGAUCAUUUUAUGUAUCCCUAUGCUUUUACAUACAAAAUAAAUGUGUGUGGUUCACCAGUA